AUGAGUGUCAAAGAGGCCAUCGAGUCGGAGAAGAAUGGUGGGAAGAUUUUCAUCGGGAAUAUUCAAAAAGACGUCCGGGAAGAGGACGUGGAAGACGUGAUGAAAAAGUACGGCGAGGUGCUUUCCGUCUGGGUCGCGCAGAACCCCCCGGGGUUUGCGUUCUGCACCUUCCGGGACCCGGCGGACGCGAAAGCGGCCAUCAAGGAGGCCCACGGGUUGCAGGUGGACUUUGCGGUGGACAACGGGAAGGGCUUGCGGUGCGAAAUCUCCUCCUACGCCCAGCGCCGCCACAACCCGCGCAGGGGAGACUCCCGGGACCGCCGCGGCGGGGGACGGGGCAGGGACCGGUACUUGGUUCUUGUUUCACUAAGAACGAGGAUAAGAAGACGAAUUUAUUUGUGAUGCAUUUUUAGCAGUCAUGUACGUAGUGGUGACCCUCCGUGCAGCAAUUUUUCCAAUACAACUUCAGUUCUCGUUCCCGCGGGCGGGGGCGCGGGCGGGGUCGGGACAGCCGGAGCCGCGGUCGGGACCGCGACCGGGAGCGUCGCCGCCGGGACAGCCGCAGUCGAGGCCGUGGACGCGGGGGCGAUCGCGGUGGCGGGUCGGAUAACUACCAUCGCGGGGGACGGUACUGA